UUAUUCCCCAGUUUACCUUCGGACCAGAUCGACAUGGACUACUCCAGUUUUAUCAGCAGCCUAGAUGGAUUUUUGGAGAAACGCUGGCAWUUUUAGCUUCCUCUUCGACAUUUCUCACCAGUGAAGUCAGCAGCAUGGCUGAAAAGGAGUCCGAAUCGCCUGGUGGGAAACUAAAGACAUUAAUAUUACUAUUAUAGCCCCAAACUGGCUAUUUUUCGUUCCUGCGGAAUACUAUCCGAACGAACUUUCCCCUCUGUGGAUAAUGGAUGGCAGAGAUUUCGGUUCUUCUCGAUCCGUCCACGUCCCUCCUCCGCUGUUGUCGGGGCUCGCGAUGGAGACUCACCGACUCGGAGCAGCGGCCGCGGCCGGGAGGAUCCCUCCCUCGCCCGGCCACUUGGGUGCGAGCCACCCGCCGCCUCUCCACUCCGGGAAAUAUUUGUCUUCGGCCGUCAACCUACAUCCACACCACGGUGACACCUUCGCAGCAGGCUCCACCCCCUUCCUGUCAGGUUACCCAGGCCCCUCCCCGCUGACCUCUGACCCUGCAUACAGAUCAGCCAAUCCCAGUGGGCUUCAAAUGGCCCAGCUCUGGGCAUCACACGCUCAUGAAGGUUAUCCCCCUCUUUCAAGCAGCCUGUACACCAGUCCAUACCUGUCCUUGGGACACCUGGAGCCAUCCUCCCUGUCCCAGCACCCCCUCUACGACCCUCAUAAAGAUGGAUACUUCCUGCCAUCCUCAUUGAGACAGUCUCCUCUCCACCCACCGUCUGCCACAUCGACCACCUCGUCCAGCUCCACGCCCCCUCAAAGACCGUCCCGGGAUGGGGGUAGGGACAGAUCUUACCGGGCAGAAAGGGAAAAGGACCGAGAGCGUUCGCGAGAGGAGCUACGACCGCACAGCGUGGUUGACCUGACGCUGGAGGGACGGAGCGAUGAGGACCGAAGGGUGGGCAGAGACCGGGAACGAGACACAGAUAGAGACAGGGACAGUUGGUCCUUCCAUCCUCACCAGCAGAAGUCCCACUCCCAGCCUUCCACAGCAGAAACCAGAUCCAGACUGUCACCUCCACAGCCCUCUUUUCCUCCCAGCGGGGGUGGAGGGGACAGCAGGUUUGUUGGGACAGAAAAGGACAGAAGGGGUCGGGAUGAGGAGGGCACUUCUCGACCCCACCACAACCAAAACUCUAACAACAGUUCAAACUCAGACCGGCAGAGGAGGAACGAGUCUGUGGCCACAUCAGGCGGGACCCUCCAUGUCUCCUAUGUCCCUCCUCCUCUGCAGCCGUCCAGUGCUGGUCUCCCCCACCUUUCUGCCCUCCGAGAACAAAUCAGAGAGCAGCGAGUCAGCGCGACUACAUAUGUGCCUUCUGUUGAGGUUUUUGAUGAACGGGCGGGGCCCAUCCAGAUCGCCUCGCAGGCCCGUGACAAACACAAAGACAGAGAACCUGAAAGGGAGAGGGAGAGCUACAGGUUUCAUGAGAAAAGCCUGAUGGAGCAUCCUCGCCUCUCUCUGUCCGGCGAUGUGAGCAAUCAAAGAGAAGAAGGGUCUGUGAUCUGUUCCAACGGUUCCUUAGUUAAAAGAGGUCAGGACACUUCUUUCUCCUCAAGUCAAUCACGGUUCAGCCCAGAGACCAGGGAUGURCCCAAACACUCAAUCCGAGUCGGCGUUGAGCAGAUGGGGGCAGACCCUAAGUGGAACGCCAUCAGCCCGUUGGCGAACUACGCCACAAAUCACAUGGCUGCUCUAGCAGCUCAGCACGGACACYCACUCUCCUCUCCACACAGCCAGCAGACACAAAAGUCAAACUCCCCUCAGACGUCCCAUCGACCCAACAGUUCACAGUCCUCCCCACAAACACACUCCUCCCAACAUGGACGUGCAGGUGAGGAGUGCAGUCAGCGGCGCUACCUGGACCAGUCGGUGCUCUAUCGCCCCAGUAGCUCGCUGAUGAGAGCUUCUGGCUGCGGAGAUCGUGGACCGGGUCUGGACUCUUCAGAGGUUUCAGCCAUGCAGAGUCUGAUUAAAUACAGUGGGAACUUCCCUACAGAAGGCCCCGUUUCUUCCAGGCACAUUCUGGACGGACGAGGGUCUUUCGGCGGUUUGGGUAACCUCUCGAUGGACGCCGAGCGGGACAAAGAGCGAGAGAGGGACAGAGACAGGGUUGCUGUUGGAUCGAGUAGUUCGGGGGCAGUGAGGAUGCCCCCUCAGCUGAAGAGAGAACAGGAACGGCCCGACAGCGCCCGGUCAUUUGGGCGUGAGGGGGAGGGAGAGGUGCGGCACCCUCCUGUUGGGAUCGCCGUGGCCGUGGCCCGGCAGAGAGACAGCGGGAGCAGCAGUAAACCAACCAGCGGAUCCUCAGACACACCACGACCCCUGCUGCAAACCACUAUUAAAGAUGAGGAGCGAGGAGAGGAGCGCGCUCGCCACCACAACGACAGACUGUUGGCUGCUCGUCUGGAUCGUGAGCAGGAGAAAGUCAUCAGAGAGUCCAAGAAUCUGCCUGAGUUUACUCAGAUGCAUCCCUCCCCUCUGCCUGGAGGCUUGACACCCAGUAUGAUGACACCCAGCCUCAUGACCCCCAACCUCAUGGUCACAGGCGGGGCUGCUCUAGCAGGGGCAGGGCGGUGGCCUCCCGACCCCUCAACUCUGACCUCUCACCCAUGGAUGCCCCGGCCUGGAGCCCCAUCAGUCUGGCUGUCCAGCUCUCCAUACGGCCUGGGAGCCUCCUCACUCCACCAGCCUCUCCCCCCAGGCUACCCACCCUCUCUGCCAGGCUCCAUACCCCCUCCCUACCAGUUUGCCCGAGACCCUCAGACUGGGCAGCUUAUUGUCAUACCUACUGAACACCUGCCACAUUACGGAGGUGACGUCCUGGAGCGUGGAGCUCAGGUGUGGUCGGGUGUUUAUGGUACGAGCAGCUCUCUGCAGCACGCUGCCCAGCUGCAGCUCCUCUCUCAGCACCAGAUGAUCCGGCAGCAGGAGCUGUUCAUGAUCCAGCAGCACACAGCUCAGGUCCUGGAGCUUCAGAGGAACGCACAGAUAGUCGAGCGGUUUAAAGCCAGCGAACACCGGCCAGAUAUCGAAGACAAAGUAGACAAGCGAAACACAGACCCUAAAGUUCGAGCCUCUUUGAUUUCUUCCCCCUCACCAGUCCUGCAUCCUCGCAAACCCACCCCUCCCCCUCGAUCACCCACGCCAUCCACGUCCUCCCUCACCCCGCUGCCUCCCAUCCCCUCUUCGGUUGCCCCCAUCAAGUCAGAGGAAGGAAGGCAGAGGCGUCUCUCACACACGCCAAAGCCCCUGAUUCAUCCAUCCUCUCCCCGCUCAGCCUCUCCACCUCCAUCCUCACCACGACGGCCAAAACAGGAGGUGGCAGAGGAUGGGGAGGGGGGCUUGAGGGAAAGGCAGAAGCCAGCACCUGCACCGUUGCAGGGCCUCUACGCUGACCUCCCUCCAGGUUACCCGUACCAGUCCAUCACAGCCCCGUACGGCGCACCUUUCCACCCUUAUCACAUCUCCACAUCAACAUCUGAGAACACAGAUCGCUCCUGCUCUCCUGCUGUAGCUGCAUCUUUACCCUCAGCUCACCACCACUCGAGGCUGUUGGAUGAAGAUAUCAAGCCACAGAAACUAGAACCAACAAAGACUGGAUCCUUUCUUAAACGAGAACCCAACGAGGAGCAGUAUCGCCCUGAUGUGACACCAGAGGCACUCGUAGUGCUCCGUCAAAGCCACAGCCCUGAUCAGGCCAGUCGAUAUAUUGAUGUAGAAAGACAAACCCCUAAAGCCCAACCUCUGCACGCCCCAAGUCCUCCAACACAACAAGCCAAAGGGCUACAAGUCAGGGAGGAAGAACAAGAAGGGAGUCCAGUUAAAAUGGAGGUGUCAUCUUAUUCAUGUCAGGCAGCUAACGUCCUGUCUCCUGCAUGUGCAGAGACUGAGCCUAAACCAGAGCUCCUCAAGGAUUCAGAACAAACACAUUAUCCAUCAUCCAUCACUGCAGAACCGGACAGCCAGGACCCAGCUCAGAUGUGUGUGUCAUUAGAACAAACCACUAGCUCUGUGUGUGAACAGGAGCAGCCUGACACUUCCUGUCUGAAAGAGAGUACCUGUGAACCUCCUGCCCUUGGCUCUCCUGUCCCGCUCCUCAUCCGCCCAGAGGAUCCCAUGGGCGGCAUGUUUGCCCUGAUAACAGCGAGCGAGAUGGCCCAAGCCCGGUCCAGCUCACCAUCUCCCCCAACGCUCCUGUUGCAGGUUGAAAAUCCACCUGCUGGUUCAGACUUGAGCAGUGCAGGGUCUCUGGAGAUGGUGGCCCUGGAAGGAAUGGCCCUGCUCAGCCAGAUUGGCCAACAUGAGGCUGAGCCCAGCGUCCUGGAUGAAGAUCUGACAUUGGAGGGUUUAGCUUGUCUUCUUGAGGCAAGCAGGCAGGUUCUGUUGGAAGCCAUAGAACAACAGUCCCACAUCGCUCUGCUGAGAACUCUGGACCCCAACAAGAAGUACAGCUGGAGGCAGAGGAAGGAAGAACCACUGUACAGUAAAAUGUCAGUGGACAUGUUGGACGCUGUGGAAGUGGAGUAUCGUGUCCGCCUGGCUGAACUUCAGAAGACGUAUAAGGAGAAACAAAGAGAGCUGAGCAAACUGCAGAGACGCAGAGACAAACGUGAGCGGCAGCAGGAGGAUGAGAGGAGGAGUCUGACCAGACGUGGUCGAGGAAGACCCAGGAAGAGGAAACACUUAAUCACACCUCCCAAACUGGACAGCAGGCCUGGGAAGGCGGGUAGGACAGUUCUAUAUUCAGAAGACUCUGAGGCCGGGGAAGGACAGAGGAAGAGGUUUCGUGUGUCCAGAGACGGAGAGGAGACAGAGACAGGAAGUGCAGGUCUGAAGGUGAAGAAGAAGAAAAAGAAGAUCUGGAACGACCAAGAGUCGUCCAGGAGUCACACUCUGGAGGUGCUGAAGGCAAAACGUGGCCUCAUGUGCGAGCAGGAGCAGCUGGCAUCAGACCUCGACAGAGCGCUCUCGCUCUCACAGCUCGGCUCUCUCUGCGGUUCUCGCAAACUUCUGUCCAGCUCAAAGUUAGAGAAGUCCAAGAGUAAAUCUGCUGACAGUGGACUUAAAGAUCGGGGCAUCCAGUCCUCGAUUAAAGGAGGGAAACUCAAGCUGAGUGCCAAAACUUCUUCAGAGACUGUUCGGAAGGUGAAAGGUCAGAAGAAAACAUCUAUGUUCUCGCCCAUGAGAUCUGAGCUCAGCAGUUGCUCCAAUAACUCUGACUCGGAGGAGCCCAUUUCCGCCCGGGGGGGCUGGCCUCCUCUAUCGGCAACGCGUUCCCAUGGCAACCAGACCAGGAAGAGGCGGUCGCCAACUUCCCUGCUUUCCAGUAAGAAGUCUCAGAAGAAGAACCACAAGCACUUAUCGCUGCUGCUGGAGGAGGCGGGCCUCAGUUCCUCUGACGACUCCUUUGAUCAAGAGACRUCAGAGGACGAGCAGGAGGAUGAGGACGAGUCGGACUCCGACGAUGGUGGCUGUGAGGAGAGCGGGCUGGGACUGCUGGCCCAGUAUGCAGCGAGCGCGAUACCUGCGAGCCCCGCCCCGCUCAGGCUACUUCAUGAUGGAAAACGCUGCAGGCAAAGCACUCUGGGUUCAUCUGAGUGUGAGUGGUCUGACUCCGGCUCAGACUUGAGGCAGAGAAAGUUUCCUUCUCUGCUGCAUGGGAAGCGUGCCGCCCCCGAGCUCCCCCUCCUGCCUCCGGCGACCCACCGAGCCGAACAGCCCAGCCCCACCAAGAGAGACGAAGCACUGCCUGUCAAACGGAAGCCUCUGGCCAAGCCCCGCCCCUCGCCUCGCUCACAGCGGAGGUUCAGCUUUGACCUCGCCGCCGGCUUCGGGGGCUUCAGUGAGGACGAGGGCUGGAACCGCCGGCGCAGUGAGAGGAUCUUUCUCCACGAUGCCACCACCACAGCCAGUCAGAUGUGUGUCUCUGCCUCUUCCUCCACCAGUCAGAGCUGCUCCUCCUCCUCUGGCUCAGCCCCACCUCUCACCCCAAAGACCCCCUCCAAACCCAAAACCGCUCCACCCAGCCGGGACGGCAAAGAUGUGGUGAAA